GUGAUCUUGCGGCAGUCGCUGUGAAGACGCCAAUGUUGCGUUGACAAUGAAUGGUGUGGAACUGAGGCAGCAGACCGCAGAUGCUCGCCAGUUUUAUCAGUCUCAAUUGUGCGUUUGUCGUGUGGGCAAAGUAAACCACUUGCAUUGGCCAUGCGACGAGUGAAUGUGAGUAAGAGCAGUUUGCUUCAUGGUGAUAACAAUUGUAAUAUGUGAUUGGCCAAAACAAAAAGUUAAAUCACAUCAGUAGUUGCAGAAUAACGGUUCAAUACCGCAUCAGGAUCAGCAACAGUUUCGAACUCUUUCUGGAAUUGUUUGAGCAACAUGAAGGAAAAAUUGUAAUAGCCAAUGGAUCAACGCAUCACACUGAUUCUGAUUAUAGUGGAACGGGAAUUCCCAUUAGUUGUGUGAAAUCCCCCGGUUAUUGUCGUAUUCGCGAUCUUGCCUCUAUCUUGCCAAAUAACAGACUAAUCAUGGAUUCGUAAGAGCAACUGGCCGGCGCGAUGAUACGAACCGCUCAAUGCCACUCGCAACGGAAACGGCCGAAACAUGGCAGUGCUAAUCAACAACUAACUCUGCGUAAUCGAGCCCAGAAACGGGUUUUGUUUUUUGGUAUUCUGGCUUCUCCGUCAUUAAGCAGCGCGGAUCGAGUAAGCAGUCGACCGUCAUCGGUCCUGUUGUCAGCAUCUUUAAUCUCUUCUCUCCGACUGGCUGAUAGUAGGAUGCGUGUAUUAGCUUCGCUAUUGCUACUGAAGACGUUCCUAGUGCUGGUAGCUGCUGCAUCGGAUUUCGAGUGUGGCCAGCGGAAAGUGGAUACCGUCUUUCUGGUGCACCAUGGUCGGGAGGCGAAGGAGGGACACUGGCCGUGGCAUGCGGCCAUUCUGCAUCGGUAUCAGAGUACGUUCUCGUACACCUGCGGCGGUUCGAUCAUCGACAGGAACACAAUCUUGACGGCGGCUCACUGUUUAAUCACGCCGAAUGGUUUCAUCGCGGUGGACCGUCUAUCGGUGCAGGUCGGCCGGACGCGCCUUUACGUCGGCGAUGGACGCAGCCGAUCGUACGAACCGGAUCGCUUCAUCAUUCACCCGCAGUUCGAGCACGACGAGGUCCACGAUGAUAUCGCGCUGAUCAAGCUGGCGACUGAUAUUGAGUUUACGGAUUUCAUUCAACCCGUUUGCUUGUGGAACAGAGGGGUUGGCGAGAGUGAAUUUGUAGGUCAGGUUGGAUCAGUCGUCGGAUUCGGAUUAAGCGAGACGGACGAAGUGUCGGACUAUCUGCGCGAGGCUCAGAUACCGGUGGUCAGUUUUGCGACCUGCGUAGAGAGCAACCGGGAAACGUUCGGACAGAAGCUGACGAAGCAGAUGUACUGCGCCGGUUCCAGGGAUGGCGUCAGUGCCUGCAACGGUGAUAGCGGGGGCGGUAUGUUUUUCGAAUUGGACAAUGCCUGGUAUGUGCGCGGGCUGGUCUCAUUUACACCGUCUCGGAAAGGCGUAGCAAAAUGCGAUCCGUACGAGUAUACCGUAUACACGGAUGUGGCCAAGUAUCUGGACUGGAUCCGGCAAGGCCAUAACCAGGCGCAGAGUACUCUGGUGUCUCCGAUUGGUUCGCUGGCGAAGAGCAAUCCGAAGCUCUCCCUGCUGAAUCUAGAUAUUUGCGGUUUCAACAGCUACCCGUUCCGGAAAGAAUCAACCAAACCGGUGUUCCUCAAUUACCCAUGGAUAGCCAUGGUCGAGUACGCCAAUGGUAGGGCUCGUGAAACACGGACCUUGUGCCAUGCUGUGCUGAUCAGCGAAUGGUACCUCCUCACAACGGCACAUUGCGUCGCGGGACCAUCCGACAAGCACAAACUUUUGGGCGUACGACUGGGCGAUUACGAUCUAUCGACCACGACUGAUUGUGUCGAACUGGAAGGGCAGCGACGGUGUGCUCCACCACUUCAGAUCGUCGCCGUUGACAAGAUCAUCGUGCAUGAACAAUACAACACACCAAAUUAUGCAAACGAUAUUGCUCUGCUGAAGCUACGCGAUCGAGCAAAGAUCACGCAGGACAACAUUAAGCCCGUCUGUCUACCGGUGACGAAGAAACUGCGUGAAACGCAACCGAACGUGUACGUGCUGACCGGUUGGUCAAAGGGUUCGCCACUGUUACGUCGAUCGGCACCGACACACCAGAAUCGUGACAAGUGUCGGCAGCAGUAUCUUGAGCAGAAGAUAACAGUGGCUCUGGACGGUGGGCAGAUCUGUGCGUUCCAGAAGUCCGAGGUAGGAGCGCCGUGUAAUUUCAGCGCAUCAGCCGCACCACUUCAGGUCGUUCAGAACAUCGAGGGAAGCGACCGGUACGUUCUGCAAGGGUUGCUGUCGUUCGGUUCAUCCCGCUGUACAUCGGAUCUCCCGGAAGUGUACACUAAUGUGAACGCAUAUGUGGACUGGAUAAUGGGAAAGAUAGAGUCACAGGAGGAGCCUUCAUUUGUGGAACGAUUGGUCUUUACUUGAGAUUGUUUGGUGGAAUGUUGACCAAGAGGAUGGGAAAAUGAAAACAAUUGUUAAGCAGAAACAGGUGGUCGCCCGACUCAUUGAUCUUCAAAUUGAUGACUGAGGAAUGAGGAACACAAGCGUAAGUCCCUGGUAAAUCGAUGGCAAGGUUUAACGUCCACGGGAUCUAUCGUUUAACGGGAUCUAUUUUGUGAUUGACCUACUUCUUUGCUGCUAUGAGAUAAACCGUACGCCAAUCUAACACCUCCUUUGCUUAGUAGUAUUCCAUGGAUAGUACAUAAUAGCUCAUAGUGUUUGUACUACGCUGUUAACGUGUUACUUUUCUUAUUGUUAUUAGCCUGCACAAUUCAUUGCAAACUGCUAACACUUCAUCAUAAAACAGACAGCGCUAAACCAACAGCUCGUGACAUUCUUAUCUAGGUGAUAUACUCCAUUGCAUAGGGACAUCCAGUCUUAUUUUUAUUUCAUCAUAGGCAUUCUUCGGUUUAUCUGCGUCAAAGUUCCACUGCUGAGCUUCAUAAUUGUUUCUUAUUACCAGCUAUCCGGUUUCCCACUACAGCGUAAAUGAGUUCAAACAUACACCUAGGAGGAUCGUCCAGCAGCUACAUUCACUCAAACUCUGGCAUUAGUUUGUACUGAUAAACUAAUCGUCUUUAAUACACACGAUAAUGGAUUAAUUUAAUUGGAAAUAUUUUCGACGUUCAAAGCAUUGGCUUAUGAGUGAUUUUCUUCAA